CUGCACUCCAACUCAGACAAAGGAGAUGGCUCAGUCAGAUACCUGCUGUCUGGAGAGGAGGCUGGUACAAUAUUUGUCAUCGAUGAGGUCACAGGGGACAUCCAUGCCACCAAGAGCCUGGACCGGGAGAAGAAGGGCCAGUAUGUCUUACAUGCCCAGGCCAUCGAUCGUUACACCAACAGAUCUCUAGAGCCAGAGUCUGAAUUCAUUAUCAAGGUCCAGGAUGUCAACGACAACGCGCCCAUGUUUCCAGAUGGCCCAUUUGCUGCUGCUGUUCCCGAGAUGGCCGACGUUGGUAAGGUCGAAUACUGAAAACAUACUUUUAAUUCGCUGGGUGCACCUGACUGGAGGCAGCCAGCUUUGUACCCUGAUUGUGAGACCAGUCACACCAUUGGCUGAGUCAUCAGUAUUGUUGCAGAUCCCUGCUGCAUCACAGAGGCAGUCAGGCAUUGAUGCACAACUCUGUAAAUGGAUUUUGACGGUCCCGAUACAUGAUUUUGAUCAAUUGGGAGUGGCCUCACUUUAUGCGAUACAAAACACUCUGUGGUCUUUUUUUCAUGUAGUUUUACAAUAAGAAAACCUUGACAAUAUAGUGAGUUGUGCAACAGUAUGUAAAUGUAGUUUGUACUGUAGUCAUGGCACAUUGUACUUUAGUUGUAUGGGUUUUGUGUGGAAAUGCAGUACUGAUACAACCUUUCCUUCCAUGCAGGCACAUCAGUGUUUCAGGUCACAGCCACAGAUGCAGACGACCCCACCUAUGGGAACAGUGCCAAGAUUGUGUAUAGCAUACUGCAGGGACAGCCUUACUUCUCUGUGGAUCCUAAAACC